AUGUCUUCCCUCAUUUUGACAUCUCUUCUGGCCGUCUCGUUGGCGGCAUCUGGAUUUGCCACACCCCUAUCGACUCACCCGUAUGACAUCCCCAGCGAACGGUCGUCGAUUGCAUUCGCGCCUCUUAUGGUCUCUCACCAUCCUCAUGGAUCGGUGAACAACUCGUAUAUCGUCAUGUUCAAGGACGGUAUUAGCACUGCUCUCAUGCAGAACCAUUGGAACUUCUUGCAGGCUGUGCACGUAGAGCACCCGUUGUUGGACGAUGUCGACGGUUUGAGCCAAGUAUAUGAUGGACACGUCAAAGGUUACGCUGGCAAGUUCAGCGAGGGUGCCGUCCAGAGGAUCAGGCAGAUGCCUGAGGUGGAUUUCGUGGAGGCAGAUCAGAUCGUUAGGACCCUAGACAUUGACGUGGAUGCCCACGUAGACGCGGUGGAGACACAGAAGAGUGCGCCAUGGGGUCUGGCGAGGAUCAGUCAUCGCGCCAAGCUCACUUUUGGCACCUUCUCCAAGUACUUGUUCAGCAAGGAAGGCGGUUCAGGCGUCGACGUGUACGUAAUUGACACUGGCGUCAACAUCAGGCACGUUGAGUUCGAGGGUCGUGCGUAUUGGGGCAAGACUAUUCCGCAGGGAGACACCGACGAAGAUGCCAACGGGCAUGGUACUCACUGCUCGGGUACUAUUGCUUCCCGGAAGUAUGGUGUCGCCAAAGCUGCGAACAUUAUCGCGGUCAAAGUCCUCGGCAGCAACGGCAGUGGGUCGAUGAGCGAUGUUGUUGGUGGUGUAGUGUGGGCUGCACAGUCAGCUGCAGCAAAGGCUGUUGCCGCUGCGAAGGAGUUGGCUUUGACCGGUAAGACGAAACACAAAGGUUCUGUUGCCAACAUGAGUCUUGGUGGCGGCAAGUCGAGGGCGUUGGAUGAUACUGUCAACAAAGCUGUUGACCAAGGCAUGCACUUCGCCGUUGCAGCGGGUAACGAUAACCGCGACGCAUGCAACAACUCCCCUGCCGCUGCGGAGAAGGCCGUUACUGUCGGUGCCUCCACUCUCGGCGAUGAACGGGCCUACUUCUCUAACUUCGGGCCUUGCGUUGAUGUCUUCGCCCCUGGUCUCCAGAUUCGCUCCACCUAUAUUGGCAGCGACACCGCUGAGUCUAUCUUGUCUGGAACUUCCAUGGCAUCUCCGCACACAGCCGGCCUGCUUGCAUAUCUGCUGUCGAUCUACCCGUCGUCGACCUUCGACCCAUUCGUUUCCCCUGACCUCGUUCCGCCGUCGCCGCUGUUGCAGGGAUUCCCAUCCACCUCUUUCUCCAGCAUUUAUGCGUUGACGCACGCGUCGCUCCCCGGUUGGGUGUCAAUUUUCCUCCCGCCUCCACAGUUGGUCGAGGAGGCAUUGCUGCCGGUGCCAAAGACGAUGACGCCCAAGCAGCUCAAGGUCGCUCUGCUGGCGUUGGCGACUGAGGAUGCGCUAUCCGUUAUCCCUACUGAUACGCCUAACCUGUUGAUCUUCAACAACGCCACUGCGUGA